CUGCGGCCCCUGACCCGCCUGCUCCAAGGGGAAUAUCGGGAGAAAACCCCGAUCCACCUACGCCAGAGCGAAUAUGGGGAGAAAACCCAGAUCCGCCUGCUCCAGAGCGAAUAUGGGGAGAAAACCCCGAUCCGCCUGCUCCAGGGGGAGUAUCAGGAACAACCCCCGAUCCGCCUGCUCCGGAGGGAAUAUCAGGAGAAAACUCCGAUCUGCCUGCUCCAGAGGGAAUAUCGGGAGAAAACCCCCAUCUGCCUGCUCCGGAGGGAAUAUAGGGAGAAAACCCCUUUCUGCCUGCUCCAGAGGGAAUAUCGGGAGCUGCCGCUGCCGGGGCAGCGCUGGGGAAGGACACAGCACCUGCCUCCCCGCCGGUUUUUAAGUAAUAAACCCAAAUCCAGGCGCUAUCCCAAAACGUUCCCAGUUCUAGACGGACGUGUCCCCGCCGUGUACCAACACGUGUUCCAAGAGAAUUUAAGGAACAGCGAGGCUGUGAUUAAAAGGCUGUCCCCGCUGGCAGGGCUGCACCUGCCCUACGGGAAUGUCCCUGCUGCCGGCUGCCUCACGGGAAUUGGCAGAAUCUGUGGGAUCUGGUGUGUCUUCUUUGCGGCUGAUGCCACUGUGAAAGGAGGAACCAUUUACCCAAUUGGAGUGAAAAAGCAGCUGAGGGCCCAGGAAAUUGCCAUGGAGAACAGGCUGCUGUCUGUGCACCUGGUGGACAGUGGGGGAGCCUUCCUGCCCCUGCAGUCAGAGCUGUUUCCUGACAAGCUGCACGGUGGCAGGGUUUUCUACAACGAGGCAAUCAUGUCUGCCAUGGGGAUCCCUCAGGUGGCCGUGGUGUGUGGCUCCUGCGUGGCUGGAGGUGCCUACGUGCCCACCAUGGCCGAGGAAUCCGUGAUCAUUGAUAAGAUUGGGAUGCUGUUCCUCGCUGGGCCGCCCCUGGUGAAAGCUGCCACGGGAGAAGAUGUCUCUCCUGAGGAGCUUGGAGGAGCCAGGCUGCACUCACAAGUCAGUGGCUGCAGUGACCAUUUUGCACCCUCAGAAAAGGAGGCCUAUGAGUGCAUUCGUAAUAUUGUCUCUACCUUAAACUGUGAGCCAGUGCCAGAGCAGGGCAGGGAGCCUGACAGUCCCUUGUACAGCCCUGAGGAGCUCCUGGGCCUGGCACCACUGGCUUACAGCUGCACUCUUCCUGUCAAACUGAUCCUGAGCCGGCUGCUGGAUGGAAGCAGAUUCCAGGAAUUCAAGGCUGCCUAUGGGACAACAUUGGUGACAGGAUUUGGCCAUGUGCAAGGGCACUUGGUGGGGAUAGUGGCCAGCAAUGGGGAGCUGGCUCACGAUGCUGCUCUCAAGGGCAGCCACUUUGUCCAGCUCUGUGGCCAGAGGAGAAUUCCCAUCCUCUUCCUCCAAAACACUGCUCCACAGCCAGCAGGGCCUGCAAGCAUCUCACAGGCAGAGGCUCAUUCCAACAGGCUGAAGGCCCAGGCCUCCAUGAUGGCUGCAGUUGCCUGUGCUGCUGUUCCCAAAAUCACCAUUGUCUUUGGAGGCUGUUUUGGGAGUGACAGCUACGCCAUGUGUGGGAGAUCGUUCAGCCCAAACUUUCUGUUCCUGUGGCCCAAUGCAAGGGUUGGUCUUGUGGAUUCUCAGAAUUUCCCCACAGUUCCACCAGCUGGGGACUGGACAGGAGAGGAGCUGGAGCUAAAACAGCUGAAGGCAAAGCUAGAGGAAGAAAGCAGUGCCUUUUACUCCUCGGCCAGGCUCUGGGAUGAUGGGAUCAUCCUACCUCAAGACACCAGGAAGGUGAUUGCCCAGUGCUUGGAGAUCAUGGAACAGAAGAAGUACCAGGCUGUGUCCCCCCAUCCCCAUCCCAUCAUCAGGAUGUAACUGCAGCCCCCUCAAACCAGAAC